AUGAAGACAGGGAGAACCACUGUGAAGCUGUCAGACAAUGACAAGCUAUCUGUGGAAGUUGGAGACAGUGGAAGGGAUGCUGGUAAUGGGAUGUGUGAAGGGGAGAUAGGAAGAGACAGAGCAAUGCUGGGUGGGGCCAUGAGCAGUGGUGUAGAUGGCAGGGGAGUAGAGGCAGCAUGUGAUGGAGACAGCAAAGACAAAGAUGAAGAUAACAGCAAUGACAACAAUGUCACAGGUGGAGGGUUAUUCCCUCGACUACAGGUAGUCAAGGGUAUGGGGAUGGAGGGAACACAAUGGGAUGGCAGUUUGGCACCUCUAGCAGGCAUCAACAUGCACUAUGGCAUGCUCAAAAAAAGUGGAACUCACCACUGUGGGCUGCACAACAAUGACAGAACAUGGACAGGCAUGUGGGGAUUAGACAAUCAAGUAUAUAUGCCUAAUACAAGAUGCUCAACAGAGCAAGUGAGAGGAAAGAGGGAAAAAGAAGAGAUGACCUGCACAUACAUGCAGCACCAGUAUAUAUACCCCCAGGGUCCAAACAGCACAACACAGCAGGAGGGAUCCACAUGCCCAGACAAGGGUGCAAUCAAGGGAAUAGGAGAUGUGACGAUGUGAAGCAAUAGCAUGAAUGGUGCAUGAGUGGCAAGUGGUAAGUGGUAAGGUAAGCAUAUGCUUACAGCACAGUGGCCCCAAUGAGCUGGACAGCUGAGGGUUAUGGGAUUGCAAUUGACACCGUCACCUCACAAUUGCUUUGUGAGCUCAACCCUCCAAAAGAAGUUUCCAAGGAGGCCGGAUACUAAAAUGCACAAGUGUCGC